CUGAUUUAUCUGCACCGCGCGCGCCCCGAAGAGUCAUGAUGCUCGACCGAGCCGGCAGCGCACGGCGCUUAUCCGCCGCGGACGCUCGCCCGAGCACCGCCUACAGACGACUCGGCGCUUAUCGCCGCCGGCACGUUCACGAUUUCCCGAUCGGCCGCGCUGAGCCGCGACAACGGCAAUGGGCCAAUUCUUGCUCGAGAGCGCGCGGGCGCGCGGUGCAGCCAACGCCCGACAGCAGUGUCCAGUACGCGCGCAAAGCGGGCGAGAGAGCUUCCUCGGGACGACUCCCCAAGGGGGAUCGCGCGAUCAAUACGCCACUUGGCGAUGUCCGCGCUCCCGUCGUCCCUGCCGACCUCGUAAUUGCCAGCUCGUCUCGAUCGCGGAAGCACGAGACCGAGCCUCGGACGAGUUUCGUCCCCGAGCGCUCGCUUCAGCCUGCAUUGUCGCGCGCCCCUCUGGCCCGCGAGUCCUCGCCGAGAACGGCGCCGGAAACAGACGUCCCGCGCGCGCUCUCGUCCUCCCGUCAGCCUUCGGCCGCGGCGGCCGCGCGAUCGAUGCCACGCGCGCCCGGACGUUGCAUUCGACGAACGGCAGCGGCUGUUCGUCGGCGUCGAUCGCGCGGACUCGGCCGCGUCGGGAUCUCGAUAUCGCGCGAGCGGGCUGAUUGUCGUAGACGCGCCGCGCGAUCGAUGCCGCUCGGCCGUCCGCAGGCGGGCAGGAAGGGCGGGCGCGGCGUGCGUGUCGAGGGGCAGGCGGCGCGCGGAAAAGCCGCUCGAUCGCGCGCUCGCUCUAUCAUCCGCGGAUCUGGCGAUCAAUUAUUCAGCCGGUGCAGGCCGUGCCGCGAGCCUCGGACACUGACAAACGGAGCGCGCAUCGCCGGGCGUUCGCGCGCGCUCGCGGGAGCAGCUGUCGGCGAUAAGACAAAUUUCGCGCCGUCGCGGCCGACCCGGCCGACCCGGCCGACGCUCAGUUGCGCGGGCGAGUGACGUGCUUUAUGGGGGACGCGCUCCGCCAGGAAUUUUUCAAUAUCGAGCUGGCUGCUGCCCUUCGGCGGGGCCGCCGAGCUAGCGCAAGAUAAUAGAAACGGUUAUGCGGACAGGCAGUCGGCGAAUCGCCGCGUCGGCCAGUCUCCGGUGAGUCGUAACCGCUUUUAUUAUUCCGCUCGAUCAAGCCCGCCGCGAUUGGAUUUGCCUCUCCUCGCUGUCGCGCCCUGGGCGUCGCGUUUCGCGCGCGCGAACAAUCGACGAGAGAAGCCGGAGGACAUCGGCUUCCGAGGGCGACCGUCCACCGAGCGUCGCAAGACACCGCCGGCGGCGAGCAGUCGGAGCUCACAGGCGCGUAGGAUGAGCGGCGGCGGCGGCGGCGGCGGCGGCUGGGCGAGGGCGGGGCAGUGGCGCGCCGCGGGCGACGCCAGGGGCAGCGAGUCGCCGCUCUACGAGGCCGUCAGCCCGGCGCUCUACGUCGUGCGGGCCUUCGGCCUGGCGCCCUACCGCUACCCGCCCGGCAACAGGCCGCCUCGGCUACGCGCCUCCGGCCCCUACUGCCUCUACUCGCUGCUCUGGGCCAGCCUCUACAGCUGGAUCGUCGUCACGGCGCUCAUGCGUUUCGGUGGACUCGACCGCGACAAGCCGGUGCUCGGCGUCACCGAGAACGGCAAGCUGGUUCUCAACUACGUGACGGCGCUGGCGGAGCUGGUGCUGACGGUCGGCCGCCGCCGGCAGUUCGCGCGGGUGUGGAACGGCAUCCAGGACUUCGACGAGAGCUUCCAACUAGGCCGCGACGGGCUCGGUGGCCGUCUGCUGCGCCUCAGCCGGCUCUGGGUAUGGCUCAGUCUCGUCGCCUCCGCCGGCGUCUGGACGGCCAUCAACCAGCUGGGCAUGCACGCCUUCGACGAGUCCUAUCUGCAGAACGUCGGCUACAUGCUCACCUACGUCGGCACCUACAUCGCCACCCUCAAGUUCGUCGGCAUGGUGUUCCUCCUCGGGCAGCGUUUCGCCUAUCUCAACCGGCUGCUAGCCGCCCAAUGUCUCGUCCGGCCCGCUGGGCUCCCGCCGACUCAGCGCAACCACGCCCUCGCCAAGAAGGUGGAGACGUGGUACAACAAUCUACUGAGCACGAGCGAGAUGCUGAGCGAGCUCUACUCGUGGUCGCUGUUUCUGUUCCUGCUGAACCUCUUCUGCCACGCGGUCAGCAACAUGUACUUCUUCACCAUCUGGACCAUCAUCGACCCGAGCUACCUGAAGAACCUCAAGGUGGUGCUCUGUCUGUUCACGUGGCUGGUGGUCUACCUGCUGCAGCUGCUGUUGCUGCACGUCUCCUGCCACUUCACCAGUGUCGAGGCGAGCCGCAUGGCGAACGUGCUGCUGGACUGGCGAAGACAGGCGGAGCGCCAGGGCAAACAGCACCAUUUCAGGUCGACUCUGCAUUAUCUAAACAGGAGGCUCAAGUUCACCGCGGCUGGCUGCUUCGACGUCAACCUACCCCUGCUCACCACGACCUUCGGUCACCUCACCACCUACCUAGUCAUUCUACUGCAAAUCCCGGACAGCAGUUAGCUUCGCAAUCGACUCUGCCUAUUAACUGAAUUAUGUACUGUAAUCUCAUGGAAAUGAGCUGACAUAAAGAAAAAUCCCGAG